CACUCUCUCUUCUCCCUUCGUCUUUCUCUCUCAAACCCAGAUCUGGGUUUUUCUCAAACCCAAACCCAGAUCUGGGUUUUUCUCAAUCUGGUGAAAAUUCAUACAUUAAAAUGAAAAAUACAAGUAAUAAACACCAUACACCAUACAUUUUUUUCACAAACACCACACACAAAUUCAUGAUGAAGCAAGCUUCGCACUGGCUCGGUUUGUGCUAAACCCUUGCACGUGGCUCCGGAUGCCUCAAAGUCGGCACUUGUUCCUCUUACUCUGCUCUCAUAUCUUCCUCUUUUUCCUCUGCGUAACUUUUCCUUUACUCUGUGCCACGGAGUUCUGCUUCUGGGUUUGUCGCGAGAGGACGAGAAGGAAAGCGGUUGCACGACAGUCAACAAAAAAGAAGGAGCGACGAGGGGAUGCGAGGAGGGGUGUGGGUGAAAUAAUGAAGGGGAAGAAAGUGAGGUGGGGUUGCUGCAACGAUCAUCUUUCCGAUUUCAUCAUCUUCACCGAUCACCUCCAAACAGCCACUCCCUCAACUCAAAACCAUAGAAAACCUCUUGUAUUUCUUCUGUGACAGCCGCACAAAAGGGAUAAAAAUGCCAGAAAUUUCCAACUUGUGCUCUCGAUGAUUUCUGCAGAAACAACAAUGGAAGAUAUGGGAGAGCAAAAGGGCGAUUUCUAGCAUACUUUAGGUGAGAUUUAGGCGACUAAGGGAAGGCUUUGCUAUUUUGCUGUGGUAAGGUAGAAGAGUAGAGGAAGGAGGUCGACAUUUGUACUGAAAAACUGCAUAUCUGCAUUUGUUUGCUUCUUAGGUAUAAAUCUUAGACGGGAAA